AUGAUGCUCAUCAAUGCAAACUUCGAUCCCGAUCAGAUAUUCAAUCUUACGGCCGAUAAUUUAUGUAUAGGAUCAACAUAUCAAUUUUCCCUUUACGUAGCCAAUAUUAACAAAGCUGGAAGUAAUAUAAUUCUACCAAAUAUUAAAUUUGAAGUUCGAACUGCGCCACCUACAAAUAUUUUGCUUGCCACUUUAUCGACAGGCAAUAUAGCAGAACGUUCCACUUUGACUUGGGUACAAUAUGGUAUUUCAUUUAUUGCAACAGUUCGUAACGUCGUCUUGGUGGCGAUUUCAAAUGCUCCAGGAGGCAGUGGAAAUGAUUUCGCUAUUGAUGAUGUUUCAUUGACUGUUUGUUCCACAACGAGUCCUGCGAUCUGUACUGAGUGA